GCGCCCUCCGCCCUGCCCGCGGGGCACGGGAGCCGGUGACGGGAGCGAGGCGGAGUCUGGAGGGAAGAUACGGAGAGAUAGAGAUUUAAAUCACAUCCCCGGCUGUAGAAGGGGCAGCAGCAGCAGCAGCCCCGGCGCAGAGGCACGGACGAACGCGCCGAGACAGGUCUGCCGGCUCCGCCGCUGCUGCUGCUGCUCACCAUGGGUGCCGCCGCCGCCGAGCCCCCCAGCGCCAUGGGCCUGGUGUCCAGCGUGGUGAACGACACCCUCGAGUUCUACCGCUGGACCUGGAGCAUCCGAGACAAACGUGUUGAUGACUGGCCCCUGAUGCAGUCUCCAUUCCCAACACUGACUAUCAGCACUAUUUAUCUCCUCACUGUUUGGCUGGGCCCCAAGUGGAUGAAGACGAGAGAACCCUUCCAGCUGCGCUUCCUGUUGGUUGUUUACAACUUUGGGAUGGUUCUGCUCAACUUCUUCAUUUUCAAAGAGUUGUUCUUGUCAUCAAGAGCUCGAGGGUACAGCUAUGUCUGCCAGAGUGUGGAUUAUUCAGAUAAUGUUUAUGAAGUUAGGAUAGCUGCUGCUCUAUGGUGGUAUUAUGUCUCUAAAGGAAUUGAGUAUUUGGAUACAGUAUUCUUCAUCCUGAGGAAGAAAUUUAACCAAAUUAGUUUCCUUCAUGUCUAUCACCAUUUCACCAUGUUCACCUUGUGGUGGAUUGGUAUUAAGUGGGUUGCAGGUGGACAAGCUUUUUUCGGAGCUCAAAUGAAUGCAUUUAUUCAUGUCAUUAUGUACAUGUAUUAUGGAUUGGCAGCUUGUGGCCCUAAAUUUCAGAAAUACCUGUGGUGGAAACGAUAUUUGACCAUAUUGCAAUUGGUGCAGUUCCAUGUGACUAUUGGCCACACAGCCAUGUCUAUUUAUAUUGAUUGUCCUUUCCCUAAAUGGAUGCACUGGGGUGUCAUUUUCUAUGCUAUCACCUUCAUUUUCCUGUUUGGUAACUUCUACUAUCGGACAUAUAAGCUGCCCAAGGAACCUGUAAAGAAUGGCAAAAUAGCAAAUGGUGCUGUUGCAAAUGGAGUAAGCAAACCAGAAAAUAAUGCUGUGGUGGAAAAUGGAAAAAAGCAGAAAAAGGGAAAAGCAAAAGGAGAGUAACUUGAUCCAGGCCUUAACCAUUGUUGGCAGUGAGGAACCUCCAGUUUGGUUUAUAAAAGGAAGAAAAAAACACUAUCUGUACCAAUUAACCUUAGGUUACUGAAGAGCUAGAACACAGAUAUUUUCAUUAUUUAUGAAGAUUGUUUUAAGAACAACACUAAAGUUGAAUUUCUAUUGUAAUUAUGUAAUUAUCAUGCAUAUGGUCUCUGUGUAAACUUGUAGACUGCUGGUGUUGGUGAAUGUAAGGAAGAAUUGCAGUUGAUUCCAUGUUUAGCAGUCCAAAAGUUAAUACUACCAUUGAUACAGGCAGUUUUGUUGGCACCCACAUUUCUUGGGGGGUGGGGGGGAGGGAAAGGAAGUAACAUUUGAAUACUUGUGCUUUCUUUCCAGAAAAUUAUUAAAUUUCAAAUUAUGACGUAUUAUCUAAUCAGAAUGUGCAACUUUUCUUCUCCUCCUUGGAGAGUACUUUCAGACAAAAUAUGUGCUGUCAGAACAGUGUUUGACUUUUCAGACAUUACUUGAUUUAAUUGAGUAUCUGUUACAGUUUGGUUUUUGUUUUAUUUUUCUUGUGUGGAAAUAUACCUACCUCUUCAUCUGCUGAAAAGAAUAUUGAGCAUUAAAUAACUGGUUUCUGAAA